CUGACCUCGUGAUCCGCCUGCCUUGGCCUCCCAAAGUGCUGGGAUUGCAGGUGUGAGCCACCGCGCCUGGCCGUUCCUUAAAUUUUUUAUUGCCAUACAAUUUCAGUAAUGUUUUCCCAUUUCCGCCUAGGGACAGACUACAUUCUAGUUUUAGCCUUUGCAGCAAAUUGAGAUCCAGUUUUCUGGAGAAAGAUUUCCACGUUUUUAUAGCUUUCUUUUCCUGUAGAGAUGUGACACGUAAAUAAAGUGGUUCGUAUUUCCAAUGAUUAAUCUUUUUAAAAAAUAGACUCUAUUUUUUAGAAUAGUUUGUUUUUUAAGAAAGAAAAAAAAGAAAGUAUAGUUUGUUUGUUUUUGGUUUGUUUGAAACAGGGUCUCACUCUGUCACCCAGGCUGGAGUGCAGUGGCACAGUCACAGCUUGCUCCUGCAGCCUUGAUCGUGCAGGCUCCAUCUGUCUUCUCACAUCAGCCUCCCUGGUAGCUGGGACUAGAAGCACACACCACCAUGCCCAACUAAUGUUUGUAAUUUUUUUGUAGAGAUGGGAUCUCACCAUGUUGUCCAGGCUGGUCUUGAACAACUGGGCCCAAGAGAUCCACCUGCCUCAGCCUCCAAAAGUGUUGGAAUUUCAGGCAUGAGCCAUCAUGCCGGCCCUAGAAUAGUUUUAGAUUUAUUUUAAAAAUUGUAGGCUGGGCAUGGUGGCUCACGCCUGUAAUCCCAGCACUUUGGGAGGCCAAGGCGGGUGGAUCACCUGAGGUUAGGAGUUCAAGACCAGCCUAGGCAACAUGGUGAAACUCUGUCUCUACUAAAAAUACAAAAAUUAGCUCGGCGCAGUGGCAUGUGCCUGUAAUCCCAGCUACUUAGGAGGCUGAGGCAGGAGAAUUGCUUGAGCCCAGAAGAUGGAGGUUGCAGUGAGCUGAGAUUGCAUCGUUACACUCCAGCCUGGGCGACAGAGCAAGACUCCGUCUCAAAAAAAAAAAAAAAAAUCUUAUAUUAGUAUACAUGUAACAUUUGUUACAGUUAAUGAACCACUUUUGAUUAUAUUAUUAUACUUAUUCAUUCCGAAUUCACUUGAGUUAAAAAAAAAAAAAAAAGGUGGAAUUGUCUGCAGAUUUUUAAUAGCAAAUGUCUAGAAAAUACUGGCCUGACCAAGACUUAUUUUUCUCUUAAGUCAGCUUUAUUAAGGUAAAAUUUACAUACAAUAAAUCCACCCACUUUAUAUAGUUCAGUGAGUUUUCAUAAAAGUAUAUAAUCAUGUAAUCAUCACCACUACCGAAGUCUAGGACAUUUCAUCAUCCCAGGAAAGUUCCCUUGUGCUCCUUCCCGUUUAAUCUCUUACUGUACCUCAGCCCCUGGCAACCACUGAUCUGCUUUCUGUGACUAGUUUUGCCCUUUCUAGAUUUAUUCUAGUAGAACACUUUUUUUUUUUAAUAGAGACAGGGUCUCCCUAUGUUGCCCACGCUGGUCUCAAACUCCUAAGGGAUCCUUCCGCCUCAGUCUCCCAAAGUGUUGGGAUUACAGACGUGAAGCCAUGGCAACUGGCCAGUAGAACAUCUUAAGUGGAAUCAUAUGCAGUUAUUUGUGUCUUGUUUUUUUUUCACUUAGUAUAGUGCUUUUAUUUUAUUGUUACUAUUAUUAUUAAUGAGGCAGAGUCUCGCUCUGUUCCCCAGGCUGGAGUGCAGUGGUGCGUUCUCAGAUCACUGCAAUCUCCAUCUCCCUGCAAUCUCUGCCCCACUAGGUUCAAGCGAUUCUCCUGCCUCAGCCUCCAAGCAGCUGUGAUUACAGGUGCACACCACCAUGCCCGGCUAAUUUUUGUAUUUUUGUAGAGAUGGGGUUUCACCAUGUUGGCCAGGCUGGUCUCGAACUCCUGACCUCAAGUGAUCUGCCUACUUCAGCCUCCCAAAGUGCUGGGAUUACAGGCAUGAGCCACUGCGCUCAACCAGCAUAGUCUUUUAAUGGUUUUGAGAUGUGGUGAAUGUAUAGAAACUAUUCAUGGCUUUUUGUUGCUGAGUAGUAUUCCAUUGUGUGUGUAUAUAACUAUACACACUACAUUUUGUAUCCAUUAGCCAAUCCAUUGAUAUGUGUGUUGUUUUCACUUUUGGCUAUUAUAAAUAAAUAUGAACAUUUGGGUACAGAUCUUUGUGGGGACAUAGGUUUUCAAUUCUCUUGGAUAAAUAAUUAGAAAUUGUAUGCCAGGUUCUGUGGUAAGUAUAUAUUCAGCUUUAUUUUUGAAAAACUGGCAAACUGCCUUCCACAGUGGCUAUAUCACUUUGCAUUCCUACGAGCAGUGUAUGAGGAUUCCAGUUGCUUCACAUCCUCACCAACAAGCUGUAUUAUCAGUCUUUUUUCAUUUUAGCCAUGGUAGUGGUGUUUGAUAGUAUCUCAUUGUAUUUUUCAUCUGCAUUUCCCUAAUGAUUAAUGAUAUGGAGCAACCUUUUGUGUGCUCAUUUGCCAUUCCUGUAUCUUUUCUGGUGAAAUAUCUGUUCAAAUUUCUGCUCACUUUUUUUUUUUUUGAGACGGAGUCUCGCUGUCUCCCAGGCUGGAGUGCAGUGGCAGGAUAUUUUGGCUCAGUGCAACCUCUGCCUCCUGGGUUUAAGCAAUUCUCCUGCCUCAGCUUCCUGAGUAGCUUGGAUUGCAGGCACACGCCAUCACACCCGGCUAAUUUUUGUAUUUUUAGUAGAGACGGGGUUUCACAAUGUUGGUCAGGCUGGUCUCGAACUCCUGACCUUGUGAUCCGCCCACCUCGGCCUUCCAAAGUGCUGAGAUUACAGGCGUGAGCCACCACAUCCGGCCUUCUGCUCACUUUUUAUUGGUGAUUUGUCUUAUUAUUGAGCUAUAGGACUUGCUUAUAUAAAUAAUUAUUUUUUAAUUUCUUGAUCAAAACAGCGUAUGUUUUGGAGUUUAUCUUCAAUGUGUAGAUGAAUAUAAUGAAAGGCUCUUAAGUACUAGCCAAGUACCUAACUGGAAUAUAAGUGCUGUUUUGCAUGUGUAAGUAACUAAAGAAUAGAUUUAGUAGAAAUAUAAAGUAUUUUUUGUGUGCCACUCCCUUUGCCCAACACGAAUGAAUCCAUCUCUCCAAAUCUGCCUGUUCUAGUGAAUGCUAAGUUUUUUAUUUGUUCACUUUUUUUUAACUUUGAUAUGAUAAUUGUUGGUUAGGGUCCAGCUGCUGUGAAAACUCAUCUUAUGGCUGUGUUUCAGGUGUUUAUUUUAAUCAUAUCUGUCUGUUUCAAACAGUAUUCUCAUCUUUCUUAGACACUUUGUGGGGACUGACCAACUGCCAAAUAAACUUUUAGAGACAUUGAAGACCCAUUGAAAAGCCAUCUGGACACCUGUUCUGCUGUUGUGUCUUGCCAUUCUCCUGAAGAACAGAGGCACACUGUAAAACCCAACACUUCCCCUUGCAUUCUAUGAGAUUACAGCAAGAUGGAAAUACCAAAUCCCCCUACCUCCAAAUGUAUCACUUACUGGAAAAGAAAAGUGAAAUCUGAAUACAUGCGACUUCGACAACUUAAACGGCUUCAGGCAAAUAUGGGUGCAAAGGCUUUGUAUGUGGCAAAUUUUGCAAAGGUUCAAGAAAAAACCCAGAUCCUCAAUGAAGAAUGGAAGAAGCUUCGUGUCCAACCUGUUCAGUCAAUGAAGCCUGUGAGUGGACACCCUUUUCUCAAAAAGGUAGAAGAUGAGACGGUUUUGUGCAAUAUUCCCUACAUGGGAGAUGAAGUGAAAGAAGAAGAUGAGACUUUUAUUGAGGAGCUGAUCAAUAACUAUGAUGGGAAAGUCCAUGGUGAAGAAGAGAUGAUCCCUGGAUCCGUCCUGAUUAGUGAUGCUGUUUUUCUGGAGUUGGUCGAUGCCCUGAAUCAGUACUCAGAUGAGGAGGAGGAAGGGCACAAUGACACCUCAGAUGGAAAGCAGGAUGACAGCAAAGAAGAUCUGCCAGUAACAAGAAAGAGAAAGCGACAUGCUAUUGAAGGCAACAAAAAGAGUUCCAAGAAACAGUUCCCAAAUGACAUGAUCUUCAGUGCAAUUGCCUCAAUGUUCCCUGAGAAUGGUGUCCCAGAUGACAUGAAGGAGAGGUAUCGAGAGCUAACAGAGAUGUCAGACCCCAAUGCACUUCCCCCUCAGUGCACACCCAACAUCGAUGGCCCCAAUGCCAAGUCUGUGCAGCGGGAGCAAUCUCUGCACUCCUUCCACACACUUUUUUGCCGGCGCUGCUUUAAAUACGACUGCUUCCUUCACCCUUUUCAUGCCACUCCUAAUGUAUAUAAACGCAAGAAUAAAGAAAUCAAGAUUGAACCAGAACCAUGUGGCACAGACUGCUUCCUUUUGCUGGAAGGAGCAAAGGAGUAUGCCAUGCUCCACAACCCCCGCUCCAAGUGCUCUGGUCGUCGCCGGAGAAGGCACCACAUGGUCAGUGCUUCCUGCUCCAAUGCCUCAGCCUCUGCUGUGGCUGAGACUAAAGAAGGAGACAGUGACAGGGACACAGGCAAUGACUGGGCCUCCAGUUCUUCAGAGGCUAACUCUCGCUGUCAGACUCCCACAAAACAGAAGGCUAGUCCAGCCCCACCUCAGCUCUGCGUAGUGGAAGCACCCUCAGAGCCUGUGGAAUGGACUGGGGCUGAAGAAUCUCUUUUUCGAGUCUUCCAUGGCACCUACUUCAACAACUUCUGUUCAAUAGCCAGGCUUCUGGGGACCAAGACGUGCAAGCAGGUCUUUCAGUUUGCAGUCAAAGAAUCACUUAUCCUGAAGCUGCCAACAGAUGAGCUCAUGAACCCCUCACAGAAGAAGAAAAGAAAGCACAGAUUGUGGGCUGCACACUGCAGGAAGAUUCAGCUGAAGAAAGAUAACUCUUCCACACAAGUGUACAACUACCAACCCUGCGACCACCCAGACCGCCCCUGUGACAGCACCUGCCCCUGCAUCAUGACUCAGAAUUUCUGUGAGAAGUUCUGCCAGUGCAACCCAGACUGUCAGAAUCGUUUCCCUGGCUGUCGCUGUAAGACCCAGUGCAAUACCAAGCAAUGUCCUUGCUAUCUGGCAGUGCGAGAAUGUGACCCUGACCUGUGUCUCACCUGUGGGGCCUCAGAGCACUGGGACUGCAAGGUGGUUUCCUGUAAAAACUGCAGCAUCCAGCGUGGCCUCAAGAAGCACCUGCUGCUGGCCCCCUCAGAUGUGGCCGGAUGGGGCACCUUCAUAAAGGAGUCUGUGCAGAAGAACGAAUUCAUUUCUGAAUACUGUGGUGAGCUCAUCUCUCAGGAUGAGGCUGAUCGACGCGGAAAGGUCUAUGACAAAUACAUGUCUAGCUUCCUCUUCAACCUCAAUAAUGAUUUUGUAGUGGAUGCUACUCGGAAAGGAAACAAAAUUCGAUUUGCAAAUCAUUCAGUGAAUCCCAACUGUUAUGCCAAAGUGGUCAUGGUGAAUGGAGACCAUCGGAUUGGGAUCUUUGCCAAGAGGGCAAUUCAAGCUGGCGAAGAGCUCUUCUUUGAUUACAGGUACAGCCAAGCUGAUGCUCUCAAGUACGUGGGGAUCGAGAGGGAGACCGACGUCCUUUAGCCCUCCCAGGCCCCACGGCAGCACUUAUGGUAGCGGCACUGUCUUGGCUUUCAUGCUCACACCACUGCUGCUCGAGUCUCCUGCACUGUGUCUCCCACACUGAGAAACCCCCCACCCACUCCCUCUGUAGUGAGGCCUCUGCCAUGUCCAAUGGGCACAAAACUGUUUCAUUGGGAGGGGAGACAGAGGCAGCUAGGGCUUGGCCUCCCAGGAAAGAGAGUUACAGAAAUGGGAGACUGUUUCUCUGGCCUCAGAGGAAGUGAGCACAGGCUGGGGUGGAUGACUUAUGCGUGAUUUUGUGUCGGCUCCCCAGGCUGUGGGCCUCAGGAAUCAACUUAGGCAGUUCCCAACAAGCGCUAUCCUGUAAUUGUAGCUUUCCCCAUCAAGAGUCUUUAUGUCAUUGGGGUGCAGGCAAACCUUUGUGGUCCUAAGACCUGGAGAGGACAGGCUAAGUGAAGCGUGGUCCCUGGAGCCUACAAGUGGUCUGGGUUAGAGGCAAGCCUGGCAGGCAGCACAGAUUGAACUUAGAGGUAGACUGGUCACCUUACUACCUCCUCCCUCGUGGCAGGGCUCAAACUGAAAGAGUGUGGGUUCUAAGUACAGGCAUUCAAGGCUGGGGGAAGGAAAGCUACACCAUCCUUCCUUGGCCAGAGAGGGAGAACCAGUCAGAUGAUAGUAGUUAAACGGCUAAGCUUGGGCCCAGGAGGCUUUGAGAAAGCCUUCUCUGUGUACUCUGGAGAUAGAUGGAGAAGUGUUUUCAGAUUCCUAGGAGCAGACACCAGUGCCCUAGCUCCUCCAAAGUUCUGGCUUAGCAGCUACAGGCAAGCAUUAUGCUGCUAUUGAAGAAGCAUUAGGGGUGUGCCUGGCAGGUGUGAGCACCCUGGCUCACUGGAUUUGUGGGUGUUUUCAGGCCUUCCAUUCCCCAUAGAGGCAAGGCCCAAUGGCCAGUGUUGCUUAUCUCUUCAGGUAGGCGGGCACAGGCUUGGACUAGAGAGGAGAAAGAUUGAUGUAAUCUGCUUUCCUGUCUGUAGUGCCUGCUGUUUGGAAAGGGUGAGUUAGAAUAUGUGUUCCAAGGUCGGUGGGGGGCUAAAUUGCACGUGUUUAGGCUGGCACCCUGUGUGCAGGGCACACUGGCAGAGGGUAUCUGAAGUGGGAGAAGAAGCAGGUAGACCACCUGUCCCAGGCUGUGGUGCCACCCUCUCUGGGAUUCAUGCAGAGCAAAGCACUUUAACCAUUUAUUUUAGAAGGUCUAUAGAUUGGGGUAGAGUUUGGGCUAAGGUCUCUAGGGUCCCUGCCUAAAUCCCACUCCUGAGGGAGGGGGAAGAAGAGAGGGUGGGAGAUUCUCCUCCAGUCCUGUCUCAUCUCCUGGGAGAGGCAGAGGAGUGAGCUCCACACAGAAGAAUUUCAUGUGAAUGGGGCCAGCAAGAGCUGCCCUGUGUCCAUGGCGGGUGUGCCGGGCUGGCUGGGAACAAGGAGCAGUGUGUUGAGUAGAAAGGGCGUGGGCGGGUAUAGAUUGGCCUGGGAGUGUUACAGUAGGGAGCAGGCUUCUCCCUUCUUUCUGGGACUCAGAGCCCCCCUUCUUCCCACUCCACUGGUUAUCCCAUGAAGGAAGAAGUGGGGUUCCCCCUGACCCAGCUGCCUCUUACGGUUUGGUGUGGGACAUGCACACACACUCACAUGCUCUCACUCACCACACUGGAGGGCACACAUGCAGCCCGCACCCAGCAACUCCUGACAGAAAGCUCCUCCCACCGAAACGGGCCAGGCCCCAGCAUGAUCCUGAAAUCUGCAUCCACCUUGGUUUGUAUUCAUUGUGCACAUCAGGGAUACCCUCAAGCUGGACUGUGGGCUCCAAAUUACUCAUAGAGGAGAAAACCAGAGAAAGAUGAAGAGGAGGAGUUAGGUCUGUUUGAAAUGCCAGGGGCUCGCCAUGAGGAAUAGGUGAAAAGAAACUUUUCACCAGCCUUUGAGAGACUAGACUGACCCUACCCUUCCUUCAGUGAGCAGAAUCACUGUGGUCAGUCUCCUCCUGUCCCAGCUUCAGUUCAUGAAUACUCCUGUUCCUCCAGUUUCCCAUCCUUUGUCCCUGCUGUCCCCUACUUUUAAAGAUGGGUCUCAACCCCUCCCCACCACGUCAUGAUGGAUGGGGCAAGGUGGUGGGGACUGGGGGAGCCUGGUAUACAUGCGGCUUCAUUGCCAAUAAAUUUCAUGCACUUUAAAGUCCUGUGGCUUGUGACCUCUUAUCUGAAUAAAGUGUUAGAAUCCA